AUGCAGGCGAUAAAGCUACAACGAAAGUACCCGGAGGUGUCGCAGGAGGAGAUGUUUGAUCUGAUCAAUCGUUUCAACGCGAUCGACGUGGACGGGAAUGGACGCGUGGAUAAGAGUACGGUGCUGCAGGCGUUACAGCAGAAAGGCGAGUCGUAUGAUAAGGCUCGCGAGACGCUCAAGCACGUCGGUGUGGACGCGAGCGGGAAGGUCGAGCUCGAGGACUGGGUCGAGUUGAACACGAAGCUGAAGCAGCAGACGACGUCGAUCAAGGUCAAGGGCAACAAGACCAUCGUCGAGGGCGCCAACAUGAGCACCUCCCACACCAUCAACCAGGACGAGCUGCACUCAUUCACCGACCACAUCAAUGGCGUUCUCGAAGGCGACCCGGACGUCGGCUCGCGCAUCCCGAUCCCGACCAACACAAUGCAGCUCUUCGACGAAACCCGCGACGGCCUAAUCCUCUGCAAACUAAUCAACGACUCCGUCCCCGACACCAUUGACAUGCGCGUCGUAAACAAGCCCACGGCCCGCAAGGCUCUCAACGCCUUCCAAAUCACAGAAAACAACAACAUCGUGAUCACCUCCGCCAAGGCCAUCGGCUGCUCCGUCGUCAACAUCGGCUCAAACGACAUCGCCGAGGGGCGUGAGCAUCUCAUUUUGGGAUUGAUUUGGCAGGUCAUUAGGAGGGGUUUGCUUGGGAAUAUCGAUAUUAAGCUGCAUCCGGAGCUGUACCGCUUGUGCGAAGAGGGGGAGACGAUUGAGGAUCUGUUGAGGUUGACGCCGGAUCAGCUGUUGUUGCGUUGGUUCAACUAUCACCUUAAGCAGGCAGGCUGGCACCGCAGGGUGAACAACUUCAGCAAAGACGUGAUGGACGGCGAGAACUACACCGUCCUCCUCAACCAGCUCAAGCCCGAAGAAUGCUCCCGCGCGCCCCUCCAAACCCGCGACAUCAAACAGCGCGCCGAAGAAGUCCUGCAGAACGCCGACAAGAUCGGCUGCCGCAAGUACCUCACGCCCUCCUCGCUCGUCAGCGGCAACCCGCGCCUGAACCUCGCGUUCGUCGCGAACCUGUUCAACACCUGGCCGGGCCUCGCGCCGCUUGAGGAGCAAGAGAUGAAAGACUUCGGCGCGGUCGAGGAUUUCGACGCGGAGGGCGAGCGCGAGGCGCGCGUGUUCACGCUCUGGUUGAACAGUCUGAACGUCGAGCCGGCGGUGUUCAACCUGUUCGAGAAUCUGAGGGACGGGCUUAUUAUCCUUCAGGCGUUUGAUAAGGUUAAGCCUGGAUCGGUCGUGUGGCGCAGGGUUAGCCGUCCGAAGGGUGGAGCUGCGGCUGCUCCGGCUAGUAUGAUGGACGAGGGCGAGGAAGAGGAUAUCGGCGUCAAGCCGAAUCAGAGCACCCUCACGCGGUUCAAGCAGGUCGAGAACACGAACUACGUCGUCGAGCUGGGCAAACAGUCCGGCAUGACGCUCGUCGGCAUCCAAGGCUCCGACAUCGUCGACGCGAACCGCACGCUGGUGCUCGGACUGGUGUGGCAGCUGAUGCGGAUGAACAUCACCAAGACGCUGUCGAGUCUGGCGGGCGGGAGCGGGAAGCUGAUUAGCGAUAUGGAGAUGGUGAAGUGGGCUAAUGCGCAGGCGGCGAAGAAGGGCGGCAAGGCGAUUAGGAGCUUUAAGGAUCCCAGUCUCGCUACGGGUAUCUUCUUCCUCGACGUGUUAGAGGGGAUGAGGCCGGGUAUCGUCGACCCGCAGCUGAUCGUGCAUGUCGAUGCGAAUGGGGACUAUGAGGAUCGCAAGGCGAAUGCGAAGCUGGCUAUUAGCAUUGCGAGGAAGUUGAAUGCGCUCAUCUUCCUCGUGCCGGAGGAUAUUAUUGAUAUUCGACCGCGUUUGAUCUCGACGUUCGUGGGCUCGCUUAUGGCCAUCGAGCACCAGUAA